GCAGCUAGGAGGAGCUGACCAUGGACUUCAGGGGUGUGAAGGGAUAUUUCUCCUGGAUCUACUAUCAAUACCAAAUCAUUAGUUGCUGUGCCGUUUUGGAGCCCUGGGAACAAUCUAUGUUCAACACCAUCUUACUAACCAUUUUUGCUAUGGUAGUAUAUACUGCCUAUGUCUUUAUCCCAAUCCACAUCCGCCUGGCUUGGGAAUUCUUCUCAAAAAUAUGUGGAUUGCACAGUACAAUUUAUAAUUGA